GUCUGGUUCAAGAACCGUCGAGCCAAGUGGAGAAAGCGGGAGCGGAACCAGCAGAUGGACCUGUGCAAGAACGGCUACGUGCCGCAGUUCAGCGGGCUGAUGCAGCCCUACGACGACAUGUACGCCGGCUACCCCUACAACAACUGGGCUACCAAGAGCCUCACCCCGGCACCGCUCUCCACCAAAAGCUUCACUUUUUUCAACUCCAUGAGUCCCCUCUCCUCACAGUCCAUGUUCUCGGCGCCCAGCAGCAUCUCCUCCAUGAACAUGCCCUCCAGUAUGGGCCAUUCGGCCGUGCCGGGCAUGGCCAACUCUGGCCUCAACAACAUCAACAACAUCAGCGGCUCCUCGCUGAACUCGGCCCUGUCCCCGCCCCAGCACUCCAGUUUCGGCUACAGCAGUUUGCAAAGCCCCGGCUCUAGUCUAAACGCCUGUCAGUAUAACAGUUGA